AAUAAUUUCCAUAACUUCAUUUCAAAUUAAAAAAAGAAAAGGGAAAAAAUCCAAUUAGGUUUCAAUUGAAUUUCAAUUUUUGUUCUCAAUUCAAUCCCCCAAAUUUUAUCAGAUCUUGAUUGUCCCAAAAUUCCAAAUAAUUUUCCAAAUUCAGUCGCUUUCCACGUCAGUCAUUAUCCCCUCCAAAAGUAAAUUUUCGAACUUUCGAUUUUUUCAGUGAAAAUAAGAACCCAAAAUUGUAAUGUUUCGUUUGGAGCAAGAAAAAAUCCGAAAACGAUUUUCAUAACUCAAAAUUUUCACUUUUCAACAAUCCACUGUUUUCCACCUUGGCAGCUGUUGCUAUGGCCGACGCUUUAUCGGCAAUUCCGGCAGCCGUUCUUCGUAAUCUUGCUGAUAAGCUCUAUGAGAAGCGCAAAAAUGCUGCUCUUGAGAUUGAGAAUAUAGUGAAGCAAUUAGCCAGUAAUGGUGAUCAUGAUAAAAUUGCGGCUGUUAUCACUUUGAUGACUAAUGAAUUCACUUAUUCACCACAUGCCAAUCACAGGAAGGGAGGAUUGAUAGGAUUAGCUGCUGCAACUGUUGGGUUGACUUCUGAAGCACCUCAGCAUCUUGAGCAAAUUGUGCCCCCUGUGCUAAGUUCUUUCUCCGACCAAGAUAGCAGAGUUCGUUAUUAUGCUUGCGAAGCAUUAUAUAACAUAGCUAAGGUUGUGAGAGGGGAUUUUAUUGUAUUCUUCAACCAGAUCUUUGAUGCCUUAUGCAAGCUUUCUGCAGAUUCUGAUCCAAACGUACAAAGUGCUGCUCACCUCUUAGAUCGGCUUGUGAAGGAUAUUGUGACUGAAAGUGAUCAAUUCAGUAUCGAAGAAUUUAUACCAUUGCUGAGGGAGCGCAUGAAUGUAUUGAAUCCAUUUGUCCGCCAGUUUUUGGUAGGAUGGAUUACUGUAUUGGACAGCGUCCCAGACAUUGAUAUGCUGGGUUUUCUUCCUGAUUUUCUUGAUGGAUUGUUUAAUAUGUUAAGUGAUUCGAGUCAUGAAAUACGUCAACAAGCUGAUUCAGCUCUUUCAGAGUUUCUUCAAGAAAUCAAGAACUCACCAUCUGUAGAUUAUGGUCGAAUGGCUGAAAUACUGGUACAGAGGGCAGGUUCUCCAGAUGAGUUUACGAGGCUAACAUCUAUCACAUGGAUAAACGAGUUUGUCAAACUUGGUGGAGACCAGCUUGUUCCAUAUUAUGCAGACAUUCUUGGAGCCAUUUUGCCUUGUAUAUCAGAUAAAGAAGAGAAAAUUAGAGUUGUUGCCCGUGAAACCAAUGAAGCGCUACGUGGUAUCAAGGCUGAUCCAGCUGAAGCAUUUGAUGUAGAAUCCAUCCUCUCUAUUGCCAGGAGGCAGUUAUCUAGUGAAUGGGAAGCUACUCGAAUUGAAGCUUUGCACUGGAUAGCAACCCUUUUAAAUAAAUAUCGCACUGAGUGUUUGCAGUUUCUGAAUGACAUAUUCGACACCCUGCUCAAGGCACUUUCAGAUCCAUCUGAUGAGGUUGUUCUUCUAGUUCUUGAUGUUCAUGCAUGCAUCGCAAAAGAUCCUCAGCACUUUCGUCAGCUUGUUGUUUUCCUGAUGCACAAUUUCCGGAUAGACAAUUCACUUUUGGAGAAGCGCGGGGCUUUAAUAAUCCGCAGGCUUUGUGUGCUUCUGAAUGCUGAAAGAGUGUACCGUGAACUUUCUACAAUACUAGAGGGGGAAUCUGAUUUGAAUUUUGCAUCAAUUAUGGUUCAGGCUUUGAAUUUGAUCUUACUUACAUCAUCAGAACUAUCUGAGAUGAGAGUUCUUUUGAAGCAAUCGCUGGUAAAUCCUGCUGGGAAGGAUUUAUAUGUUUCUUUGUAUGCCUCAUGGUGUCAUUCUCCAAUGGCGAUUAUAAGUCUUUGCUUCUUAGCUCAGACUUACCAACAUGCUAGUACGGUGAUUGAAUCUCUGGCAGAGGAGGAUAUCAAUGUCAAAUUCUUAGUACAGCUGGAUAAAUUGAUUCGUUUGCUGGAAACUCCGGUCUUUGCUUAUCUAAGAUUGCAGCUUCUGGAACCUGGAAGAUAUACAUGGUUAUUUAAAGCACUGUAUGGUCUUCUGAUGUUGCUUCCUCAGCAAAGUGCUGCCUUCAAGGUACUAAAAACUCGUUUAAAAGCGGUGCCAUCAUAUUCUUUCAAUGGUGACCACUUGAAGAAAUCAUCCAAUGGGAACCCCUAUCAAUUUCUCCAUCACAUCUCUGGUGGAUCUCACAUCACAGAGGAUGGUAAUGUAGCUGUGGACAAUGGGGACCCACACAAUGGAAUAAAUUUUGUUGCAAGGCUACACCAGUUUCAUCAAAUGCAGCAACAGCAUCGCGAGUUUUUUAGAAAUCAGGCACAGACGCGCAAAACUUCCACCUCAGUAUCAAAGGAGGAGGUACAAAGGCUAGAAGAAGGAGAAGAGGAAACAAGGAGACCUCAUUUGAGUGAGCUUAAUGUUCCACCAAGAUCAUCCAAGAGAGCUAGCUAGAAUGUUAUUGAAUCAGUCUUUAUUAUGCACUGAUUCAAUCCAAGUGUAUGUGCAUUUUGAACUUUGAAUGGGAUGGGGUAUUGAUUUGUACAAUUGUAAAUCAUAAUAGCAGCUGGUUUUAUUCUACUGCUCCCACUUUUCAUCAUCAUAGAAGAAAGUUGGGAUGGUGAAAAGUGGGUUUUGGAAUGAAGAUCAAAAGCUUGGGCUGUGCUUUGCCAGGCCGGGCCGGGCUAUUCUUUUGAACUUGUAAACUUGAUAGAUACCCACAUGGUUAUGUUGUUUUUUGCUGAAAACCGUGUGGGACAGAGGGGAUACUUUAUUUUUAGAGAAAAAGUUACUUAUUGUUUAGUACUUGCUUUUCAUGUGGCGUUUUGCAUACAUACUAUACAAUACAUUAAUAAUAUAAUGAAAUUAGAUGCUUGCUUAGUGUCUAAGUUGGCGUAA